AUGUACUUCUUUCAUGGAAUACCUCAAAAAUUGACAUUGGAUUCACAUGCAAUUGAAGUUCGGCGCAUUCCUAAAGUCCCUUUCUUUGCCGUAUUAACUGAAGCCGAAAUUUUAAUUUACCAGCUUCAUCCUUUAGCAUUAAUUUCAAAAAUUACCAAAUCUGAGGACCUUUAUGUUCGUCAUGGAAAAAACAAAAAGAUUGCCAUUAGUUCUGAGUAUGGAAUCAUUGCAGUGGCAACGGAAAACAACUUUAUUGCUGUUUUUAAUUUUCAUUUAGAUGCUUCUAAACCUAUCCUUGUCCCUAACCCAAAUACUGAACGCUAUGAUGAUGGUCCUGGUGAAAUGAUGGGUCCCAUUACUUGUUCAGUUCAGUACAAGCUGGCAAUUCGUUACGAGAGAGGUGUCAGUUGUCUUGAAGUACAGGGGGAUUCAAUCGUUUAUUCUGCUUCUACGGCGCCAAUUAUUCAAGUAUCUACUCUGGAAACAACAGAUCCAAAACGUUUAUGGAAAGUUUCCAGUAAGCAAUACGAUUUACGCGAAGUUACAUGGUUUUUAGAUCAUGAUUCUUUGAUUAAAAAAUUCCAUUUUAAUAAGAGGAUUGACACAUUUUUUUGGAUGUCCUCGGAUGGGCGUGUAUACGCCAAUAUUGGCGUGUCUGCUAACACAAAUACUAAAAGUCUAUUCGGUAUAUGCACUCAUGAUUUAAUAAGCGACUCUGGUGAUAAUUCUAAGAAAGCGGCUACCGCAUUGUCGACUAACGCUCGGUUUUCUCUGCUAUAUGUGGGUACAAAUGAUGGCAGUGUUUACGCUUAUGAAAUUCAAGACUUUGGAAGAAAGUAUGUCUGUAGCCAUCACAGCAAGGUUCCAUCCAAUAUUGGAUCUGUUACGCACAUCUCAACUACCGGUGAUGGCUUUCAGGUGAUGGUAGGUUAUGAAUUGGCUUGGAUAAGUUACUCACCUUACUUACACCCAUGCUCAUCCAGCGAUGAUUCUGAAUUCUUUAAGUACGGUUUUCAUGAUGGCUUUUGGGACAAAGACGGAUCUGCAUUUUUCGGCUUAAGAAAUCUACCAAUGAAACGAGAAAACUCGACUUCAGUUGAAACAAAACAGAGUCUCGAGACCGUACUAAACAAGACGUUGGAUUCUGAUUCUUCGUCCGCAAGGGAAGUAUCCAAGGAAAGUUCUUGUUUAUAUAUACUUCCUUUCCUUAAAAGCACUAUUACGAAUAGUGCACACGGCUCUACCAGCAUUAUUGGUGUACAAUCUAGUGAUAGACUAUUUAUUUCAAAAGCAUAUUCCAGUUACAACAACCUGGCAGCAAAUUUUGGAAAUUCUUCUUGGGUUCAGGUAGAAUAUCCUCAAACCUAUAUUUCUGCUGAGUGGCCUAUUCGAUAUACCGCCAUUAGCAAAAACGGAGAAUACAUCGCUAUAGCUGGCUCUCAUGGGGUUGCAGCAUACAACGUUCUAAACAGGGUUUGGAAUGUUUUUGAUAAUGGAUCUUUGGAAAAGUCAAUAACUGUCACCUGCCCGAUGCUAUGGUAUGACAAAUAUCUUGUGACAGGUUUAUUACACGAAUCGAAUUCUGAGCUCCACGUAUACGACUCAGAAAAGAAAUUAGACGACGCCUUGGUUGAUAAGUUUGUGUUCACAUCUACAAUUGUUACGAUAUCUUUGUGCGACGACGCGCAUUUACUUGUUUAUACGGCUGAUAACUUUUUGCAUCACAUUUACAUAGAGCGCCUUGUAGAAAACAUAUCGCCUUUAUUUUUGAGCCAUGUGAGCAGUGUUAGUUUUGUUCCGGUUUUUACUACCCCAUCAAGACUACGUACAAUUACUUUACUAACAUUACGGCCAUUCUUACAUUCGGAUCCAUCACAACUGCUUUCUAGUGCAAUUUUGCUUGUUUUAAUUAACGGCAAGUUGGUUACCUUAGACCCUAUCAGAGCUGGUUCAUCUUAUUUAAGCUACCGAUGCUGUAUUAUUUCUGAGGAUGUUGAGUUUUUUAUGAUUAAUGAGGAUUUGGAAAGUCCAGCUCUUUAUCAUUCAAUGUGGAUUAUGACUGGAAAUGGGUUUAGAUUGUCAAUGGCUUUUGGUGAAGCACUUUCCAAAUUGUUGUAUGAUGAUACUAUCACAAAAAAUGAUGCUCCAUCGAAAGAAUCAAAAGAACUAGAAAGCUUAAAGCCAUAUAAUCCAAAACAGCUUGACUUUAUGGAUGAUUUACAAUCACCAAGUUUCAUGGUAAAAACUCCUGAUAACUUUUCAGCUACAAACACUCACACUGCCAAGCUGACGAAAUCCGUAAAUAUGCUGGAGUUAUUCAAGAAGCAAAGUAUACCACUUAGUAUUCCUGGAACACUCAUAUCAGUUAUUGUGAAGAGUGGACUUUUCAUCAGCGCUUCAACAUUAGAACACAAGAAUGCUGCCAAUAACAUGAAGUACUGUCAUAUCCAAAUUGAAGUCAUUCCUUUUCUCCCUGACUUGUUAAAGUCUCUUCUUCUAUUAUUUGAUAUUGACUAUGCGGUUUUCUUAGUGCGCGCGUAUGCUUCCUUACGUUUCAUCGAUUUUGUGCUUGAGAAACUCCUUUCAAUGGCUGCAGAAUGUUCUGACUCUAAUGAAACAUUGCUGACGAAUGUCGCUAUUUUGUUCGAUAACAUUAAUGAUGCGAACGUUUAUAAGUAUGUUCUGGGAUGUCUUAGAAAAAUCGAAACGCAUUAUUGGCCAAACGUUUUCAAACGCUUUGGUGACCCUCAAACUUUGAUGGAGCUAUGUUUACGAAACAACGAUAUAAAAAACGCUGCUAGAUGUAUAACCAUUUGGCAAGUACAUCAGGGAUCUGCUAGUUGUGCUGAAGUAUUCCUUGAAGUCUUGAAAACAGCUUUUGAGAAAGAAAACUGGGAGGUGUGUAUGGAGUUGGGCCAUUACCUUGCCAGUCUUGACCCGACAAAACAACUACUUAAUUCUGCCUUAAUAAGUGCACAGAUUCCUUAUGGGCAAACACCAAAGGAUAAACCAGAUAAAAACUUUCAUGAAUUGAUGAUGGAAAUUGAUGACUUUUAA